UCUUCUCUUGUUUAUUUAAACACCCUUUGUUUUCUCUGCAAAUCCAUGGCGAAGUUCAUGAAUUUUCUCUAUCUUUUUGUGUUCUUUGGUUGCUUUGCUCCCUUUUCUCAAGCUCAGCUCAAAUUUGGAUUCUAUGCUCAAUCUUGUCCUUCUGCUGAGUCCAUUGUUCGCUCUGUUGUAAACGACGCUGUUCGGAACGAUGGCAAUAUGGCUGCCGUGUUGCUCCGUCUCCAUUUUCAUGACUGCUUUGUCGAGGGUUGCGACGGUUCAAUCUUGAUCGACACAGCACCGAACCCGGAAAAGGGUGCUUUUGGGCAUCAAGGGGUAGGGGGAUUCGAGGUGAUAGAGAGAGCCAAGGAAGAAUUGGAAAGCCAAUGCCCAGGAGUGGUUUCUUGUGCAGACAUCGUGGCUAUGGCGGCUAGAGACGCCAUUGUUAUGGCAAACGGACCGGAGUACGAGGUUCUUACUGGCCGGAGAGACGGCAGGGUAUCGGAUGUCUCGCUGGCGGAUUCGCUGCCGGAUGUGAGUGAUUCAAUUCAGGUUUUGAAGAACAAAUUCGGUCAGAAAGGGAUGACAGACAAGGACUUGGUUUUACUCAGUGCGGCACACACUAUUGGAACCACGGCAUGCUUCUUCAUGACAAGGCGCCUUUACGACUUCUUCCCGGGUGGCGGAUCAGACCCCGAAAUAAAUCCGAUGCUGUUGCCGGAGCUAAAGUCACAAUGCCCUCGAGGUGGCAGCGUCAACACCCGCCUCGGCAUGGACCGUGGCAGCUCCAGCACGUUCGACAUUCACAUUCUUCAAAACAUUAGAAAUGGCUUCGCCGUCCUCGCCUCCGACGCUCGCCUAAACGAUGACCCAUCGACCCGAGCUGUUAUCGACUCCUACUUCAGCCCUCUCGCCCCCAUUCUCGGUCCCUCAUUUCAGGAUGAUUUCGUCAACUCGAUAGUGAGAAUGGGCGAGAUCGGGGCCAAAACUGGGUCUCAAGGAGAGAUUCGAAGGGUAUGUUCUGCUUUUAACUCGAGGUAAAUUAUUCAUAUGGGUAUGAAAAGGGAAUAAUAUAUAAUAAUCUAUGUUGAUUAUAUAUUUAUAUAUGAAUGGGGAAAAGUUAUAUAUGAUAUGAUAAAGUUGGUAUGUGUUUUGUAAGUAUUAUCUUCUGUUUUUUUUUUUUUAAUUAAUUGGGUUUCUUUAUA